AUGUCGGCAAGACGAUAUUUUUGGGCAGCCAUGGUUGACGUGACCUGGGAGAAGAGUCUGUAUACCGUCAGCAAGGGGGUGGCGGUGAAACUGCUGAAUGGUUUUGCGGCUGAGAGCCCCCUUGCAUUGGUCGGGCCGGCACAGUCCGAACAUCCUAGGCUGAUUUUUCGUUUGGUUAGCCUCGACAUCCGAUUCCUUGAGAGCAAGUCCAUCUGGGCGAGUUGGGACGCGCAGAGGAUAUCAAGGGUUUGA